GAAGUUCGCCGAGGCUUCAAAGGCGGGUGAUUGGAUAUAGGAUAUGGCGCUGCGAGUGCCAGUGUCAGGAGCAGGAACAGCGGCAGGGAGAGGAGCGGGGAUGUUGCUCUCACGACAGGGCCUGGUGCUGUGCUCGACAGGGCACGUACAACGGGGAGACUGGGGCCAAGGGGCCUACCGUAGCCAGGCUACUCUCAGCAGCACCAGCAGCAGGAGGAUUGUGCUCUUGAGCUUGGGCUUGGGCUUGCCUUUGGCGCAUCUGGCGCACGCUCUGGUCGUCCGUGGUGGUGAUGCCAAGGCAGUCUCUUUGGCAGAAGCGAAACCCUUGGCGUCAGGAGGCGUCGAAGCCGAGUCUGCCGUUGAGGUUUUUGGAUUUGAUGGACUUGGAAAAGCUUCCGAGGAGUAUGUUCCUGGCAAAAUUGUUGCCCUUGCGCAAGCUGGAGAUGGAGCAGUACUAUUCCUCGGGGUGGAUGGAUUUGAGCUGCCAUUGCAGCUCGUCGUGGGGCCAGCCGAAGCCAUGGCCGUGUUAACUGCAGUACAAGAGAGGAAGACUCGGAGACCAGUGACACACGAAGCUUGGGGUUUAUCUCUUGCUGCUGUAGGAUGGAAGGUUGACAGAGUUGCCAUCACUUCAAAUGAAAACGAUGUGUUCUACAGUCGGGUCAUCCUCUCGAACCCAGCUGAAACCAGGAAGAGCAUUGAUGUUAGGCCUUCAGAUGGAAUCGCUCUCGCGCUUAGAUGCCGGGCUCCUCUUUAUGUUCUCAGGAAAGUUGCACAAGACAUCCUGGUUGCUCCAAAUCCUGAACAGGCAGAGAAGAAAAAACCGGACCCACUAAAACGUCCAAGCUUGCAAGCUAGCAACAAAUCAUCGUACAUCGACAACUCGCUUGCACUUACCACUGCGGAGAAUUUGUCUGAUCCUCUGUUGUUCAUGGACGAAGAGGUAUCGGAACUUUUGGGUACCAGCGUGAAGGUUUUCAUAUGAAGACGGAAAAGCCAAUGUAUCUGUCAGAGAAGGGACUGUUUUGACCUGAAGUUGUUAACUUGCAUUUGUACAUACCUGUAUCAUAGUACAUAAAUCAGAAGAAGAAUAUAGAGGGAGUCUUGAACCAACUCAGAGUAGCAAAGCUUUUCGAAUGGUUUUGAGUCAUUAAGAUUAUGCUGCAGAUACUUGUGUUCAACCUAAAACGUAGCCUUUCUGUCCUCCACAUGACACAGAUAACGAACGUCGUUAUAACAAUCAAUUAUCACAAUUUUCAACACAAUAAUUUCGCUGUGAAAUUAGCUCAUUGAACAGUUUUUGUCGCACAAGAACGGAGUGAUUUUAUCUCGCGUCUCCAUCGUAUCUGUUACUAGACUUGCGUAGACCAUUUCUUAUCGCAUAUCAAUACAUAUCU